AUGAUAACAGAAUCCGAUAAAAACGAAUAUGAUGCUCUCGAAUGUAAAAACAUAACGUUAGAAGACUUCGUCCGGCAACGAACUGAGGCAGCCAUCGAAGACGCUAUGCACGAAGCCAAUUACAAAAGAGUAGUAAAACAAUCACCGAAGAAAUGUAUCAAUAAUGUUCUAUCAUUACUUGACUCACGGCAUGGCUCUGUUCGUCGUACCAUCGUCAUUGACGGAGCUAAUGUGAUGCAUUGCGGUUCUCCCCACACAGAUCACAGAAAAGGAGCUAUCCAACAGAAUAUCCCGGAUGUUGCUGCUCUUUUCUCGCUGAUUCGCUACUUCGUUGUUCGAGAUUUCGAUGUGCUCACAGUGAUAUCUCGAAAAUAUGCAAAACCAGGAGCAACAACUUUCAAACGAGCCAUCGACGAGUUGGUUGAAAACAAUUUAUGCAUCGUGAUUCCAUCUUCAUAUCUUGAUGAUACGGUUGCAUUGGAAUUCGCCGCUCAAUUGAACGGAGUUGUUCUCACUUCCGAUUUAUAUCGAGAUCACUCAAAUAUGAAUAAUCGAUCACGUCGGGUUGUGGAAAAACACCGAUUAAACAUAGGAUGGGAAAUUAUCAAUGAUGAAUCCAGAAACAUGAGAUUGAAGAAUCCCGAAAUGGACUACCAAGCAUCGAAAAGAUUUUCAUUUCGACAUGAUGAUGGAGCAGAAAUGUGUCAAAACGAUGUUAUUCAACGUCUCCAUGUUGUGCCAGACCAACUUCAGUAUAUGAUUUCGAACGAGCGAUAUCUGAUCCAUAAACCAACAGAUUAUAAAAGAAGAACCGUAGCCCUGCUGAACAAACUUAUCACCCAGGGAGUGAGUGAAAUUCCAGAAAACGUUCGUGGGAUAUUAGAAACAGAUGUACAUAAGCCUAGAGUAUCUAAUAAAUCAAUCAACGUUGAGCCUGCUGAAAUUGUUUGUAGACCUUUCGAUGAUCAAGAAGUAUACAUAGACGCUCUCGAGUAUCAAAAUAAUAAUGAUGAUGGUGAUUGGUGA